GUGCCGUGCGUGAGUGAGAGACAGACGGCGGUGACGAAGAAAAAGUUGUUCAGUGUUUUCGGUUCGGAUGCCUCUACGAAGGUGCGUUUUAUUUCGGUUAAAAAACGUUUAUAAAAUGUGAAUUUCCUGAUCGAACCGGUGAAAAACUAAACCCCAAUGCAUGCUGCAGGUGCGAAAGUUGAAAUUAUCUAGGAAAAUCACGCCGAUAUGGAAUAUGGAGUGUUUUUAAUGGUGCGGGCGCCAAGCGUCCUGAUUUGGCAAAAAAAGUGACUUUAAUGCUAACAACCUGGUGAAAAGAGUGAAAAAUUAAACGAGCAGUGCUUAUACAUUGGAAAACAUCACAAAUUGGAGAGGAAACAACAAAAAAACAGCUGGUUCAUCAUUGACCGUGCGAAUUCUAUGAAGUUUAAUAUUCAAACACCUUCAAUUUGAAAAAAAAAAAAAGAAAUACGAGUAGUAAAAGUACGUAACCAUGUUCUACGCUCACAUUGUGCUGGCCAAAAAAGGGCCUUUGGCCCGAAUUUGGUUGGCGGCACAUUGGGAUAAGAAAAUUACCAAGGCGCACGUCUUCGAAACCAACAUCGAACAAUCCGUCGAUGGCAUCAUGCAACCGAAGGUCAAGCUGGCCCUGCGUACUUCGGGCCAUCUGCUGCUCGGAGUCGUACGGAUUUACGCCCGUAAGGCUAAGUAUCUGCUGGCCGAUUGUAACGAAGCAUUCGUCAAGAUUAAGAUGGCAUUCCGUCCUGGAAUGGUUGACCUGCCGGAGGAGCACCGAGAAGCUGCGGUAAACGCAAUUACGCUUCCGGAGGUGUUUCAUGAUUUUGAUACACCUCUGCCCGAAUUGAACGACGUAGAUAUCGAGGCUCACUUCUCGAUCAAUCAGUCGCGAGCAGAUGAGAUUACCAUGCGCGAAGACUAUGGUACUCUACCGAUGAACAUCCAUGACGACGGAUUCGGUGACAUGGGAUUUGAUGAUACACCGGACAUUGUCCGUGAUCGGAUCGAAGAACCGAUGGAGAACCUGGAAGCGGAGCAUGUGGCCUUGGAAAAUCAGGCGGACACGACGGCGGUGGCGACGAAUGGUACCGCGACGGAAGACGCACCCGGCAGUAGUGGAACCGAUGGCAAAGAUAAGCCCAUUGAUAAGAAGGGCCUUCGGGCUCGUGCCAAAAGCUUGUACGAAGAGCUAAGCGAGCAGCCACCGCAGGAUACCCGGUGGAACGAGUAUCUUGAUGACCUAUUCACGGAUCCGGUUGCUCCGCCACCUGAUCUCGAGCAAGAGAAGGAGCCCCUCCCCGGUACGUCCCGAUCCGUACUGGAUUCAUUCGAUCCCCAUCAUCCGCACGAGGUGGACAACGAUGGCUUCGGUGACGAAGGUGGCUUUGGUGCAGAACCUGCUGCCGGUCUCUUCGAGGGCGACAUUUUUGCCGAUGCCCCACUGGCACCGGAACCGGAACUUCCGGCCGCUCCCGUUCAGGCACAACAUGGCGCUGCGGAAGAGGACAGCGAUGACGAUGAUGAUGACCACUUCGACGUUGGAGGUGCACCUUCGCCAGUUCCCAGUACCGAUAACUCGCGGCCUCCAUCGCCGAUCAUGACGCAACAGUUAUUGGAGGAUCUACAACAGCCGGGAACUAGCCAAGAUGGUAUACCGAAGGCACCUGUUAGUCAAGAGUUGCCAGUCGAGCCAGUACCGAGUGCAGUUGUCCCGGAACAACCACACGAGGAGCCUGAAAUGAGACCUGAAGGAGAAGACGAGCAAAUGGUUGCGGAAGUUGGUGCAGAAGAACCGAACGUGGAACAAACGACUUUGUUGCACAACGAGGAAGAAAGUUUUGCGUUGGCACCAGUGGAUGCAUCUGCCCUGAAAGGUGUUACUAAGAGUAAGCGUAAACGAAAACUGAUUGUCGACGAGGUGAAGAACAUUAGCGGUGAGGAGAUGAAGAGUCAGUUAGCAAAUACGACUGAUAUCGUAACCACAUUGGACCUUGCACCACCUACCAAGCGAUUGAUGUAUUGGAAGGAAACAGGUGGAGUAGAGAAACUGUUUGCUUUGCCAUCUCGAGAUAUUCCCGCCCGGUGUAUGUUCAAGAACUAUCAGCGACAUCUGACCUCGCGUUCGAUUGGAGUUGAAGAAUUUGAAGCGUUAGGUCCUUUGGAGGUUCUUGGAGUGGAACAGCAACAACCUGAACGACCUGAAUCUCCAGUAACUCAACGACGUGGAAGGAAACGAAGAGGACAUCAAGAGCUGCUGCCACCAGAGACUCCAAUGACACCUGCCACACCUGCUACUCCCGGACAUUUGGAUCAGACAUCGGUCGACCAGAUGCGAGAUGCUGUUGAAAUGCCUCCUCCAACGCCGGUAUCAAUGGAGCUCAGAGAUCAGGAAAUGUGUCAAAGCUUCCACCCUGACAUGCCUCCACCUGCCACUCCUGGUCUUAGUAAUAUUGGUAGCCCACAGACGCCUCUCAAUUUGGGUAUGCAGACGCCACAGAUGAUGCCACCAACACCUGGAAUGCCGAGCAUACCGAUGACACCUGGAAAUUUGGUGCAUGGAGGACUAACGCCUGCCGGUUUAGCGCAUGGCGGGCUUACUCCUGCUGGAUUAGCUCAUGGAGGAUUAACGCCUGCUGGACUAGCUCACGGUGGUCUCACUCCUGCUGGACUGGCACAUGGCGGACUUACUCCCGCAGGGCUUGCACACGGCGGCCUCACACCGGCUGGUCUGGCACACGGUGGACUCACGCCAGGAGAUCUGAAUCAUGGUGGUAUGACCCCAGCAGGACUGCAGCACGGUAGCUCCGGCCAUGUUAUGCCCGAACUCCCCGGCGCAAUGACUCCACAUGGUUUGGAUCACGGUGGAAUGACGCCACAUCACGCCAGCUUGGAGAAUAUCGAUCAGAUUCCGAACCUACCGGCUGAUCAGGUUUCUUCUAUAUUGAACGAACCAGGCAUGGAGAACUUCUCCAACUUGGGGUACGACGGACAUGCAGCUUCUCCGGCUCGUGAAGCGCUCCACGAAGACGUACAUAACGAGUGGAACCAAGAUUACGAGUUCCCACAUUCGGUUGGCGGGCAACAAGUCAGCGAAGAGCAACAGGUGGAUGAAACCAUUGAACAGUUCGAGGAGCGUGUGCUCAACAAACGUGCCGCUCAACUAUUUAUAUCGGUGCGGUCGCGUCUGCUGAAGACUGACAGCAUGGUAUUGUCGGAGAUGACGCAUCGGAACGAUAAGAAACAGGCUGCCCAAAAGUUCUACUCCCUGUUGGUGUUGAAAAAGUUCAAAGCCCUCGAGAUUACCCAGCCGAAACCGUACGCGGACAUCACAAUCACACGGGGGCCGCUGUUCGAAAAUCCGAUACUGUAAGAAGGUCGUCUAAUUUUAUAUUAGUUUUAAGUUAAAAAAAAAACAACAGAGGGUAACUACGAAAACGUACGUUGAUAAGGCGGCAUCCACAAAUUACGUAACGCUCUAGGGGGAGGAGGGGAGUAGGCUCAAGCGUUACGGCUCAUACAAAAAUUUAAAAUUUUUCAUUCAAAAAGCGUUACGUAGGGGGGAGGGGGUCAAAAAUUUCCAAUUUUAGCGUUACGUAAUAAAUGGACGCCGCCUAAGUCUUAAACAAAUCCCUUUCAUUAGUCGGUUAGGCGUAAACUGGAGAUGCUUGUGCAUUUUUAUUUUUUAUCGGAACUAUUAGAAGAUAUUCCCUAUAAUGAUGAAUUAUUAAUAAAAAUGUCUAAUCAUGCAAUUUGUAUAUAUUUUUUGUCAACAAUAAGAAAAACUCGGUUCCUAUGAGAAGAUUAACAGAUUGGUUUAUUUCUUCGAUUGGAAUCCAACAAUCUGUUGAAGUCAGGAAUUGUAUUCGUUAGCUGAUUAUUUGUUAUGUUAUUGGAUCGAAAACAGUAGCUAUAUAAUUUAUGUUCGCUUGAUUCGCUGCAUGGGAUGUGGAUAUAAGAAGUGGAUGAAGUAUGCUUUAAAUUAAAAAAAUAAACGAUGUCAUGUAAAUAGUUAAUGUUUUGUUUUCGGUGAAUUAGAAAUUAACCCUGAAUCAAGGAAAAAAGUAUGAACGUCGUAAUUCAGUUUUCAUGUUUGUCUUCCUACAAACAUGGAACCUGAAAAAACGCUUUCAUGAAAGCACCAAGUUUUCCACAGAGAAGCUACUGAACAAGUAGUAUCCAUCAAACAGUAACCUAAAGUCGUUUAUUUUAUUUAUAAUUAAAAUAAAAUAUUCAAAAGGCACCACCGCUUUCGAUAGUGUCUUCACGAAUGACCUGAUCUGGUAUGUCGUUAUUACAUAUUAAAUUGUCAUAGAUGGGUAUGGAAGAACCGGAACAAGCACUUGUAGAUCUUUGAAGUGUAAUUUAUAAAUCUAUGAGAAAAAAUAUUUCUGAUGCUGUAAAAAUAUCAAGUUGAAAUAAAGCCAAUAUUUCCAAAA